AUGGGUUGCGAUGGCGGCACCAUCCCGAAGCGGCACGAGCUGGUGAAGGGGCCACGCAAGGUCGAGAAGGUUGACAAGAAUGCUGAAUUGGUGGCACGGUGGUACUACUGUACUCUGAGUCAAGAGAAACUCUGUCGACCAAUUGUAGCCUGUGAACUGGGCAGGUUGUAUAAUAAAGAUGCUGUCAUUGAAUUUUUGUUGGACAAGUCAUCUGAUAAAGCUCUUGUGGAAGCUGCAUCACAUAUCAGGAGCAUUAAGAGUGUUACAGAACUAAAUCUUGCAGAUAAUCCAGCCUGGAGUGGUGAUAAAGAGAGCAUAAAAGGUGACAAGUACGAUGACAUCCAGUGUGGACGUUUUAUAUGCCCUGUGGUGGGCUUGGAGAUGAACGGGAGGCACAGGUUUUGCUUCUUACGGAACUGUGGCUGUGUGUUCUCUGAACGUGCUCUCAAAGAAAUUAAAACAGAAGUUUGCCACAAGUGUGGUGUUCCUUUUCAAGAGGAAGACGUGAUUAUCCUUAAUGGUAAUAAAGAAGAUGUGGAAAUACUGAAGAAAAGAAUGGAGGAGAGAAGACUUAAAAGUAAACUAGAGAAGAAAUCCAAGAAAUGCAAGUCAGCAGAAGCAGCUUCUCAGCAAGAUACCACUGAAGGUUCUCCAGGCCCAUCAAAGGUUAAGAACGGAAAAGAUUCUGCCAGCGCCGCUUUGAAAGAGAAGAGGCAGAUUGUAUUCACCAAAAGUUCAGCAGAUAAUGGAAGUUCAUCUGUCCCAGGAAAAGUUAAUAAAGGCUCUUCCAGUACCACGAAGAGAUCCAUUGCAGACAGUGAGGAGAAAUCUGAGGCAUACAAAUCUAUUUUUACAACACACAGCUCAGCAAAACGCCCAAAGGAAGAGUGUUCCAAUUGGGUUACUCACACAGCAUACUAUUUCUGAAACAAUGAUGUGCCUGAUUGUAACAUUCAUUACCACUUUCCUUCCCUAAGGCUCUCUYUCUGUACAACUCUGAUAGAGAACAUUUGUUGCAAUCUGAUGUUAUCUAGAAUUAUUCAGUUUGCAAGUUGUUUAUAAACCUGGGAAUAGCUAAUGAACUUGUGUUAGUUGCAACUUCUAUUAAAUAUAAAAUAGAAGACCAAAAUCUGUGUGCUAUCAACAGACCUCAYUUUAAAAUGAGAGAUUAUUUACACCUUUUUUUUUCCAUCAUUCUUGGUCCUCAGCAAUGGGGAGAGAGGGUAGGAGGUUCUGUCUAAUGUUCCCUGCUAUUGAUAUUUGUUGUAAUUGCAGUUUUCAUUGUUAUAGUCGAGAAGUCUAGACCUUUUUGAAGCUUCUUGAAUAAGAGCAAUAAUACUUCAUUUGUUUUGCUAGCUAUGUGGACCCCCAACAGAACGGGUAUACAUUUCUUAACUGCUCUGUUUUUCAAGUAGUUUUAAGUAAUAUACAUUUUGAUGGAAUAUAUGAAAACAUAGCCAUYGUGAAAAUAUUUGUACAGUAUUCUUAUUGCACAUAUUAUUGUAGGAUGCUUUUAAUAACAAGAUAUAGACUUGGAAAUCAUUACCCCCGUAAUCACAUGGGUAUUUUUUUUCCAAAAAAUCUUAGGGAUUUUGUUGCUAGUUGCCUUUGUUUAAAGUUUGAAAUAUCAGGUCUGAGGUUUCCCUGCUUUCGUUAGAGGCUYGUAGCAGAGUGGAACAGAAGGGUGAACGUCCUUCCUCUCCUGCUGAAACAGUGAGGUUCUGUGUACAUCUCUGGGGAGGAAUUUGCCACUCUGACCUGAAUUCAGGCUUUUCAGCUUACGUGAAGAAUGUGAGUGGGGAGAAAACUGUGCCUCAAAACAAGACGGAGUGGCAGGCAGAUUUGAACUGGCUUUUUAAGGAGAAAUGAUUUGGGAUGAGUUUCAUGCAAGUCAGAACCCCAGUGGCAGCUGCUGGAGGGAUCCCUUCUUUGAACGUUUUUGCCCUUCUGCAGGCAACUGCAGUGGAUGAUUUCGGCACAGCUGGGGUACACAUUGUUUUAUUUUCUGACAUAAAAUUCUUAACAGCGAACAAAUAUUUGGCUUUAUUUCUUGUUACACGAAGAUGCAAAAUAUAAUAUGUUUUGCUAAAGUAGGGAUUUUGCUUCUGUUUUGAUCCAUAUUAUCCC